CUGCGCGGCGCAGAGGCACCGGGAGCACUCACCGCCGGGCUGCGCGCGGAGCCGGAGCCGGAGCCAGCGCCCAGACCCGUGCACGCCCCCAGCCGAGGCCGGAGCACUCGCAGCCGCCGCGCCCGCAGCCCCCCGCAGCCUCCCGCAGCCCCCCGCACUUCGAGGAGCUCGUCCGUCCCCAGAGGAAGCCCCCGGAGCGGGCUGCGAGGCGCCCCCGGGGCCGCAGACCGGAGCGCACCGUGGCCCCUGCUCGCCGUGCCAUGGAGCGGAUCCCCAGCGCGCAGCCGCCCCCCUCCUGCCUGCCCAAGGCGCCCGGACUGGAGCCCGGGGACCUGCCGGGGAUGGAUUUCGCCCAGAUGUACCAGGUGUACAAGUCCCGGCGGGGAAUAAAGCGGAGCGAGGACAGCAAGGAGACCUACAAACUGCCGCACCGGCUCAUCGAGAAGAAGAGGCGCGACCGGAUUAACGAGUGCAUCGCCCAGCUGAAGGACCUGCUGCCCGAGCACCUCAAACUUACAACGCUGGGCCACCUGGAGAAGGCGGUGGUGCUGGAGCUCACCCUGAAGCACGUGAAGGCCCUGACGAGCCUGAUCGACCAGCAGCAGCAGAAGAUCCUGGCCCUGCAGAGCGGGCUGCAAGCCGGCGAGCUGCCCGGCAGAGGCGCCGAGGCCGGCCAGGAGCUGUUCUGCUCCGGCUUCCAGACGUGCGCGCGGGAGGUGCUGCAGUUCCUGGCCCGACAUGAGCACGCCCGGGACCUCAAGUCCGCGCAGCUGGUGGCCCACCUGCACCGCGUGGUCUCCGAGCUGCUGCAGGCCGGCGCCCCCCGCAAGGCGGCCGACCCCGCGGCCGUGCCCGCGGCCGAGGACCUCAAGGAGCAGCCCGGCGCCCCGGCCAGGGCCUCCGAGGGCCCCGGCCAGAACUGCGUGCCCGUCAUCCAGCGGACGUUCGCCCCCUCGGGCGGGGAGCAGAGCGGCAGCGACACCGACACCGACAGCGGCUACGGCGGCGAGUCCGAGAAGGGCGAGGCGCGCGGGGAGCGGCCGUACCUCAAAAGCGACCGUGGACGGGGCGGGCUGGCCGUGGGGGAGCGGGUCGGGGCCAUCAAGCAGGAGUCGGAGGAGCCCCCCGCGAAGAAGGGCCGGCUGCAGCUCUCGGACGACGAAGGCCCCUUCCCCGGCAGCGACCUGCUGGGCGCCCCGUUCCUGGGGGGCCCGCACCCGCACCAGCCCCCCCUGUGCCUGCCCUUCUACCUGAUCCCGCCCUCGGCCACCGCCUACCUGCCCAUGCUGGAGAAGUGCUGGUACCCCACGUCCGUGCCCCUGCUGUACCCCGGCCUCAGCGCCUCCGCCGCCGCCCUCUCCAGCUUCGUGAACCCGGACAAGCUCGCGGGCCCCUUGCUUCUGCCCCAGAGACUCCCUUCCCCGCUGCCGCCCCACCCGGCCCUCGACUCGUCCGCCCUGCUCCAGGCCCUGAAGCAGAUCCCCCCUUUGCACCUGGAAACCAAAGACUGAACGCCGGGGGGGCCCUGCCGCUUCGCGUCUCACCCCCCCCCCCUUUCAAAAA